CUUUCUGCUUAUUUAUUGAAUCAAAUGAACUGGAAAAGUGAUGAAAAGGUUGCGCGACGACAUUUAAGAGACCACUCCAAUCCUUUGGAUAUUCCAGAGCCUGUUUUUAUUUCGUACUACAGGAUAAACAAAGAGGCCUUUCGGAAUGUAGUUAACGAUAUUAAGCCUUUAAUACAUCUGUCGUCCAUACCUGUUGAGUUGAAAUUAGCAACCACGUUGAGAUUUCUUGCGGAAGGAGGAUUCCAACGGUCUAUUGGAAAGGAUUCACAUAUUGUAUGUGAUAGGACGACGGUGUCAAAAAUUUUAAAAGAGAUGUUAAACGUUUUAGAGCGAACACAAUGUCCAAAGUGGGUAAAGUUUGGAAGGAUACAUUAUGAAGUUCGUCAGUCCAAUUUACAUUUUUACAACAAAUUUGCUAUACCUGAAACCUAUUUGCUAUUACUAAAACCUUGCGACAAUGAGCAUUUAUAUUUAAAUAGGAAAGGUUGUUUUAGCGUCAAUGCUAUGAUAGUAUGUGACUAUAAAAUGAGUAUAACAGCUGUGGAUGCGUGCCACCCCGGAUCAAGUCAUGAUGCUUUUAUUUUCAAUUUAUCCAAUAUAAAACAGUCUCUUUUAUCCAGUUUUCAAAGCGGUGACCACAGCUCCUGGUUACUAGGGGAUUCAGGCUAUGCGUUAGAACCAUAUUUACUCACACCUUAUCGCAAUCCGACUUCUGGAACAUCGCAGCAUAAAUUUAAUUUGCAACAUGCAAAAGCUCGUAACAUCGUGGAAAGAGUAAUUGGGAAGGUGCUUGCUUUGCAUUUCAAGAACUUAAUAUACUACUUGCAUUGGGAUACUUAA